AUGGCUUCAACAAUUUUAAUCGUGGGUGCAACUGGUAACACGGGUCGAAGUGUGGUCGAGACCCUUUCGAACUCAAUAAACACCAACCAAGCACUUGCAGGAUAUCGUAUCAUUGCUCUCACACGUUCCUCGGAAAGCCCUGUUGCACAGAAACUUGCCCAACUGCCAAAUGUGACCAUUGAAGAGAAGAAUUGGGUGGGCAUCAGUCCCGAUUGGCUGCGUGAACGCAACGUUGUCAAGGCAUUUAUUGCUUCUCACAACGAACCGUCCCACUUUGCAGAUGAAUCGACAUUCCACCUCGCUGCCCUUCACGCUGGUGUGAAAUACGUCGUGCGUAUCUCUACCACCGCUGCUAACGUUCACCCUGACUAUCCGGCGUAUUACCCACGGCAACAUUGGGCUAUCGAGGCGUUAUUGAGUUCGCCAGAGUUUGAAAAGUUACAAUGGACGUCAUUGCAGCCAAACGUCUUUACCACCAUGGUCCUUGGGCCUGCCAUAGAGUUCAUCAAGCAGUAUCGCAAAGAUGGCAAGCAAGGCACACUCGCCUUGAUGGCUGACGAAGAUGCGCGCCUUGGAUGCGUUCAUCCCGACGACGUUGGUCGCUUUGCAGCUGUACUUCUCAGCCAGGAAGAUCAUUCCGUCCAUAACAAGGCCAAAUAUGUGCUUAAUGGACCAGAGGAUAUCACAGGAAAGCAAAUCGUGAAGUUGGUUGAGCAACAUAUAGGAACACCGAUCAAAAAUGUCAUAUUUAGAGAUGUGAGCUUUAUUGAUACUUGGGCGGAUUCGGUCGAGGAGAAUAAAAGUCUCAUUUUAUCCAUCAAAACUGCGCCUGUUACAGCCUGGGAAGGAAAGUGCUCGAUCGCAACGACUAGCAAGGAGGUUAAUGAGCUAGCAGCACCACAAAUUGCUCCUGCUGAAUGGCUGAAGAGUGCUCUCUUAUCAUGA